GCCUCGCUUUGCGUGACCGCGGCAGGUUGGUCCUGGAGCAGAUGAGCGCAGAAUAUUUAGGCGAAAGCGAGAGGAGGGGGGGAGCGCGGGGCAGGAGGAGUACCUCGGCCAAGAAAAUUAUGCAUGCGUUAGGGAAGCUCUGAGAGAAUGGCUGUGGAAGCUCUCCACUGUGGUUUGAAUCCACGGGGUAUUGAUCACCCUGCCCAUGCUGAAGGUAUCAAACUGCAAAUUGAAGGUGAAGGUGUGGAAUCUCAAUCCAUUAAAAACAAAAAUUUCCAGAAGGUGCCUGACCAGAAAGGAACUCCCAAGCGACUGCAGGCAGAAGCUGAGACGGCUAAGUCAGCUACGGUGAAGCUGUCUAAACCGGUGGCUCUAUGGACCCAGCAGGAUGUCUGCAAGUGGUUGAAGAAACAUUGUCCGAAUCAGUAUCAGAUCUACAGUGAGUCAUUCAAACAGCAUGACAUAACUGGGCGAGCCCUGCUGAGACUUACUGACAAAAAGCUCGAGCGAAUGGGGAUUGCCCAGGAGAACCUCCGGCAGCACAUCUUACAACAGGUACUCCAGCUGAAGGUGCGAGAAGAAGUCAGAAAUCUACAGUUACUCACACAAGCAUCAUCUGAGGGUUCUCCAUAAACAUGGUUAGCCUUCCAAGCUGCUGUCCUGCCAGUUGAUAUGAACGUGGCCUGUUCCUCACAGAAAGACUAACCCAUGGCACUGCCAGAAGAUAUCCUUGGAUCAUGGACAGAUUAACUGGAUUAACUGAAAAAAACACCCAUUCAGUCAAGAUUAUGGGCUUUGGAAAAAUCUUACUUUGCUGUGGAUUUAAAAUGAGGUGCAUAAUAUAAUGCCAACUCAUUCCAAGCAGUCAUUGGCAGACCAUUAGCUGGAAAAUUGCUUCCAGUUUUCAUCACUGUGCAUAACUCAAGUUCCCUUUGGGGAGCUGUCUGUGCCCUUCACUAGAAGUCCUGUUUUAGCAUGGCAACUACUGGAUUAUUUUAUUAUGUGUGCAGAUGGCAUGAUGUUUUAGAAAAAAAAAAUUACAGCAGUUCUGCAAUCUCAGUGGAAGUGUUCACAAUAUUAUGCCCUGGUAGGAAUGUAAACACGUCUCGAUUAUGUUAGUUAUGAUGUCUAAAGGUAUACUGUCCAACUCUUAAGCACUUUAUAUGAGAACACUACACCAAGAUGAAUCAGCACGUUCAGCACAUGUGAGAAAUCAAGUAUUUUAUUUUUAUUUUUAUAAAUCUUGGUGGGUUUUUCUUUCUGGCUCAGACUGUCCAAGACAAACUCCACUACUAGCAUAUCCCCAGUUGUUUGUGGUAGGUUGAUGUAAAUAUGGCCACAAUACUGUUAGACUUCACCUCCAGAUACUUUACUGAACAACUGGUUUACUUGUAACACCAAAGGGAAGCAGAAGGGGGUCUAGUGAUGGUGAUAUCUUAGCUUGCUUCUUUGUUCACAGGCACAAUUGACCACAUGAACAUACAGGUACUCAAAUACAGGAGGCUUCUAUUUGGCUAACGCAAAUAUUCCCUUAUUCUGUAGAAGAGUUCCUCCAAGGGAAAAAAGGGGAUGGUAUUCUUUUAAUCAAAGACCAUGGUGGAUGGAUGGUAAGGGCAACAGAAUGCAAUUCUUUUGUGUGGUCUGACUUUAACACUUCGGAAAAAAUUCUAAGUCAAGUUGAAAUCGCCAUUCUCUCAAGAGAGAAACAUCAAGUGACCCCACUAUGUGCCUAGAGAAGGAAAAGGGUCAAGUCCUAUACUAGGUUCCUUACUUAGUGUAGAACCUACUAGUCCCUUGUUAAUCCUUUCUGGGAUUAUACCUGUGACUAAUUUUUUUUUUUUAAACUACGUCUUAUGACAAAGCACAGUCCUGGGAAACCAGUCAACUUAAUUAUUGCUUGUCUUUGAGCAUUAGAGACAUGUUCGUAUUGACUUGCUACAUAACACUGUAGCAUGUUUUUUCCUGAAAAUAUCAAGUUGGCUGAAUGGAAAGCUCAGCAAAGUAUGUUCUGUGUGCCCACUGUCCCAGCCUGGGACUGACGGGCAUCAGAGGCUUUGCUUUAAAAUAUGUGUAACCACUUCUGGAAGACUUCCAACGCAAGCAAGCAUGGUGUUUUAGGGUGUCUCCAGAUACAUAAGCAUUGUCUGCCUCCGCUCAGGGUCUCAGGAAAUACACAGCCCAUUGGAAACCACCCCCGCCUGAGAUUUGGAAACCUGACAGGGAAAGGGAGGAAGGUCCAAAUGAGUCAGCAGCAGGAUGACUCACCACAAGCCUGGCAGGCUGCAGAGCCAGAGAAGGGGGCUUCCAACAAGGAACUCAGAGAAGUUUCAGUCACCACCAAGAUCUGGCCCUUUGGCAGGUCAGCACCAGGACUGCCAGGCCUUCUGCAGACCGUAAUUCUCUUCACAUCUGUAAUUAGGAGGCCAAACUCCAGCUGCCAACACCCUUGGACACAAUAUUCCAGUUUCCACUGCCCAUCUCAUGUGGUUCAGUUCUAAUAGCAGGUCUUCUUCCUUUCGUUCCUUCCUUUAUUCAGCAAGCAUUUGUUGAGCAUCUACUGUGUGCCAAGCAUUGUGCUUGGGCAACAACAGUCCACAAAGCAGACUCCCUGCCUGCCCUUAUGAAACUGUAUCUCCUCCUCCCAAACAUUAUCACCACCCCUCCAUUUCCACAGUGAAAACUUAAUUCAGAGAGCAUUCUCCAUUCUGCCAGAGUAACCUAGGAAGAAGAACAUGGCAGCAGACGGAUCCUCAGGGAGCAGGCAGCAGAGUGGGAGAUGGUAAACCGCAUCAGGCCACAUAUUUGCACCUUUCAGAUACAGCCAACUCUUCCAGGGCCUAGACUGAGCUGGUUGGAGCUCCCCAAAGCAGCAUUCAGUUGCUUUUCCUUGAUAUCCACCCUGGCCACCUAUGUUCCCUUUCUUUAUAUAGGCACAACCAGUCACCACUACGCUGGAUUAUCUAACACUCCAAUUCUGUAACUAAUCCAGGGGACACACAGUUGAGUCUGAUGAAGCCUAAGAACUGCCAAAUGCUGAGAUAUUAUAACCGGGAAUUAAGAUUUAGCCAAGGACAUUGUGAGACUACCGGUGACUCUCUUGGAAAACUGGACAUGCUUUGUAGUGCAAAUUGUUCACUAAAUGAUGGUGGUUCAUUGUUACUUACUUUGGCCUUUGCAAAAUAUUCUGAACAAUUCAGUAAGUAGAGUUUCCUAGUUUGUUUGUUUUUUUAAGUCAAAGGAAUGCUGUGAAAUUAUUGAAAGAUGAGGUGAAGAGGGACCUAGGAGAAGGCAAAAUGAAGACCAUUAAAGAGCGCCGUUGAAGACUGUAUCUCUAAAAAUGCCUUAAUGCCUGGCACAUAUUCCAUGUUUGCAUAUGAACCACUACUCUUUUCCAAAUUGUCAACCUCUGUUUGAAAUCAUUUUGGGGGAUAGUUUUGGAAACAUGGUGGCGUAAAAUCUGAGCAGUCAAGAGCUAAACCAGCAAAAAAGUGGAAUGACUUCAUUCGAAGGCUUUGGCUUCUUUAUUACGUGGUGAUCCUCUGUGAUCUCCCAUGGUUACCUUCAACUGUGCUGUACUUUCUUCCCAAGAUGCAUGUAUGGAAUGUUGCCUCCUAGAACUCCAGAAAUGGCUGUGGUGAGUUUUGUUUAGUAGGAAGCAAGAGGUGGGGAAGUAAAGGAUACAUAUUUUUAUGUCUAAGGACUGUAAACUGUUGAUGCUUGACUUUUCCUUUUACCUACACCUGUGCUACACCUUUAUUAAAAGGCUGACACCCAGACUUGUGCAGGAAAGGCACUCUUGGGAAUGAACAGAAAUGAAUAAUUAUGAGACUUUCCAUGGUGCCAAGGGGAUUUGCUUAUUUCCACUCCAGAACUGAAUAUGCAGAGCAUUGCCAGUCCUGCUAGUGUGAAAAGCAAAUCACUUCAAUAGUUUGAGACGUACCUGGGGGAAGAGAGAUCCUAUCAACUUUCUUUGCGGGUAGUGGCGUACCUUCAAAUCCCUGCUCAGGCUCUGUGAGGUGUGCACCCGCAGAUUUCAUUUCUACCUCCAGAAUCCUGGCAAACAAGCCAGGAAUCUCUCCAGAGUCACUUCGCAGUUGCUCAGAAAGAGGCUAACGGUCCUUAGUCCUGAGGAAAUUCUGCCAUUUUUAACAUUCAAGGAGAAAAGGCGUAUCAGCUGUACAUGAGAAUAUCAACUAAGGAUAAAAACCUCUAAUGGAUCCCCCCUUGCUACCUGCAAAUGCUUUCUUUGUCUUCAAAUGUCACAUAAUUGAUUUUGGAUAGGAACAACAAAAGUCUCAACGAAGUGAAGUUUUUAAUACCCCCCUUAGCACUUUACUUUCACCAAAACCUUCUCUUUCCAGUACAUUAGCAGUUUUGUUCUUUGUAAUGUUUUCCUCUACAUUCUUUAGAAUAAUUUUGUUACUUGACAACUAGACUUGUCAAUCGUCUUAGACUCUUUUUAAAAAUCUAAUCUUUGAAAAUGACAUAAAUUCCUUUAUUGCUUUAAGGCUGUUUUUAUUCACCCCUCCUACAGACCCUCCACUGCACUUUUUUGGUUUUGGGGGGGAUUUUUUUCUUUCAUCUCUCUUUCCUUUAACAUGAUGCUGUGGGUAGUUUUCAAGAAUUCUGUAAAGAACUCAACAAAAAAUGUAGUCGUUACCUUUUUUCCCCAGUCCUAAUAUUUCUUCUUAAGCUUGAUCUUGGUGAAAACUUGUUGCCCAAAAAGCAGUGAGGUAGGGAUUAAUAACGCUGACCAGUCAUCUGGAAGAUUAAUUAAUCCCAAUGCAGCCCUGAGAUCAGGAAGGAGGGCAGGCCAGGAGAUGUUUCUUCUCCGGGCACCACUAAGGACUCUAUUUCAAAGGCAGAUCCUGCUCCUUACUCUUUUUAGAUCUGAAUCUAAUCCUGAAUCCAGAAAAUUAUCCUAUGAAUUCUAGCUUAUCGAUGCACAUGGUUCCUGGCACCACUGCACAGUUUCAAGGUAAAAGAGAGCCGUGUUUCCAUUAUUUUGCUAUGGUGGCUUUUGGGAAGACAGAGAGCAUUCUUUUGAAAGCGGGAAACUUGAGGAAAAGUUGACCAAGUGCACAGGAAAGUUCUACCACACCUUAAUAUAAAGAACAAAAUAGAUGCUUCUCAUUUGGGGAAAGUAGCUAAAGGGACAGUAACAGUACUGAUGGCCUUCUGGCCAUCACCUUAGCUCCACAGGGAAAAUUCUGGGUGAGAGCAAGCACUGUUUCUAAAAUCUAAAUUUUUUAAGGUGAAAUUUACCAGCAACAAAUGUAAAAGGGAACUGCCAUCAGGCAUACGGCUAGUUUUAUACUUCCUGCCUAAUGGCAAAAUGACUGAGACAUGAUCUCCAUGGAACAGCAGAAAAUGGAUGCCAAAGAUAUCAUAAAACUGAAGUUCAAUUUGCCACAUAAGGCUAUUUAAAAACCCUGAUGCACUCCAAGCAUUCUUCCCUCAGAGCUUUCCUCCUACAAUUAUAUCAAGCACAAGAAGGCACCAACAGCAUAUACUUAAUGUAAUGUAAAAGUAACCAUAUGACUUGUGUUGAAUUACCAUUGGCUGGUUGACAUAAUAUUAAUAAGUGUCAUAGAUAUUUAGACAUUAUUUCUGAUCAUACAAAAUGCUUUUCAUAAUUUUAUAUUCUUUUCAAUUUUCAUAAAUUCUUUUCACUUUUCAUAAAUUGGAGCCAGUGGUUUGGGAAGUUUUUUGUUUGUUUGUUUAGUUAUUUGUUGUGUUGUUGUUUUCCAAACCUCAUAUUUUGAGGAGCCUUAGAAAGGCUCUUAAGCCCAGGCUUUUUUGCCUCAUGUGCAGAGUAUUAAGAACAGCCCUACUGAUGUGAACCUCAAGGAAGGAGGCUAUUAAAUUAAUCCAACACUGGAGAUACUAAUACCUCAAACAAUUAAAGCACUGAAGACUCUGCUGGUUGCCUUCCACAUUGUUUAUAGCCUUUUUAAAUUCAGUCAUUUGGAUCAAGGGAAAUAAAUGGUUGGUUUCAUGUGGCUUUUGCCACAUUAGCACAGACACAGCUACCAAAUGUGGAAGUCUAGACUGAGUGGAUGCAUGAGAGCAAACAGAUCUGUAAUAUGAUUGCAUUUAAUCACCACCAUCACCCAAAUUCUGUAACAAUAUAUUCAAAUAUGUAAUGCUAAAAAAAAUUCAAAACAGGAGACUCUUACUAGAUCAUGCUUUCACUUAGGGUAGGAUAACUGAUCUUGAAGAUAACCUCGUAGAAAAAUUUGCUGGCUGAAAUGCCCCAAGCACCUCAGGGUUGGUCCUGUCCUGUUCCACAAACUGAUCAUGGUCUUCUCCCAUCUCCUCAGAGGAGUUAGCCUGGCCUCUAAAAUAGCACAAAUGCCAUGAAAUUAUCUUUCUAAGCUCUAUAGAGACUUUCUGUCCAAGUAUAAUUCCAAAAAUAUGAUUUGAGUUUGAGCAUGCCUGUGGUCCUUGAUUCUAUGAUCCCUAAAUCAGUUCUACUUCUCUCUCUCUCUCUUUCUCUCUCUCUCUCUAUAUAUAUACAUAAUCUCCAGUAUUUUUUUUCAACCACAAUUAAGUGCAUUUAGCAUGUUAACAUUGGGAACUGCCUGCUGGCUCUAUGUCUACUUUUGACAAUGCCUAUGUCCAGAUACCAUACAGAGCAUUUGAGAGAGGACCAAGGUUAUGUUUUCCCACAUACCAGCUGCUGCAGAGGUUUCGAAGUGCCUGACCCAGUUCUUUUUCACAUCAAAAAGGCCUUCGGUUGCAGAUGGAAACCUUAAAGAUGAAUGUAGAGUAGGGGAGGAAAUUCAUGUUUGAACGCUGAAACACUUGUCUUUUUUAUUUUUAUUCAACUCCCACCUCAAAUCACCAGAAAGGGAGGCCUCUUUGGUGGGUGUUGGCCCUCACUGGGGGUAAAAGGGGUUCUAUUUGCUUAAACUCAUGCUCGUAGGCAAUUUUAGGGCUCUCUGGGGCUCUGAAUGGCUUCUCCACCACCACCUUUCUUCCACCAAUAGAAAGAUGCUGUCCUUACAAGGCCAUGUCUGAGAAGACCAUGGUUUAACUAGUAAAAGAAGCUCACAUUGCAGAGAGCUGAAUAAUACCAGGCUCUUGACUUUCUACUGUGUGUCGCAGUCAUGACUGGGACAGAAGGAACCAGUCUGCUGAAAAGUCAAGCCAGCACAAAUAUUUGGAAACUAAUUCCACUGAAACUCUUGUAUCAUUAAAUCAUACUACUGUAGUUUCAGUUAAUGUAAUUAUUUAAUAUCAUUAGGCACUAAAUUAAAUAGCUUUGCACAGAAUUUUAGAAAAGAUCAAUCUUGUAACAAAAUUUAAUAUUAACAGUAAAAAGCACCUGAGAAAAGAAAAUAUCGAUCUGUUGUGGUUUAUAUACUUGAGUUAUUCUUAGAACUUUGUGGAGAUUGACACUGCUCUGAUAAAAAGGAAGAAAAUGUUUUGAAUUCAAGAAUGCUAGACUAAUAGAAAUCGCCCAGUCUCUCUGGGCCACUGCUCUUCAGUAUGGGGUGCUCUCUGUCCCUCCUUAGCAGAUGGGGUUGUUUGGAGGCUAAAAUGAGCUAAGGGAAGAAGCUAUCCUGUGCCUCCAAUAUCCCGUAUGUGUAACUAGAGUGCUGAUCUGGGUUGCAGGCUUUAUUUAAUGAUUCCUUUCCCUUACUUGAGGCUUUCUCUGUGAAGUUGUUAUUUCUGAGCCUCCAUUCUGGGAUUUACAAAGGAAACAGAAUGAUGAAGAAGUAACAAUCAGCGUUUUAGACUCACACACACACACACACACACACACACACUUUUUCUAAUAUAUGAGGCUAGUCUGCAGAGUCCACAGCCCAGGUGUCCAUUUAUUUCCACUUCUUCACCUCCCAAAGAUUUAGAGCUCCAUGAUCUACCAAGGUGAAGACUGCCAAUCCCAGGUUGGAGAAGACCCAUCAGAGUGUGGAGGUACCAAACUGAGAGGCACAGGAAGCAGACAGCCACAUCAAACUUUUUUGAUGAACUACUGCAUAUUGGUGUUUGUUCUAGGAAAGAAAGAGGAAGAAAAAUUACACAAUGUGAAUUGAACAUAAGAGCAGUGCUCUUUAUAGAAUAUGAGAAGGGAGGAUGGGGGAGAAUCUGAUUAAAAAGGUGAUUCAUUCCUUCACAAACACUAACAAACAUGGCUAAAAAGCACAUGUCAGAACACAGAAGCCUAGGUAGAUGGUUGACAUUUUUAUAACUUCCUUAAGUGAGUAGUUAAACCAGCAGUCUUAAUUCUGUUGGUCUCCCAAGAGUGUUUAAUUACAUAAGUAUUACCUGUAUUCAUUUCCCAUAACUGUUGGGUUUUUCUUUCUUUUUUUUUUUAUUUUUUUUCUUCUAUGCAUCCUAGAAAAACUCCCAGGACUAGACUUAGGAGGAGGCAAUCAAGUUAUGUGGUAAAACAAGAGUGCCUUUUCUGUUGGAUGUCCACUUUAGUUUCCUGGCUUCCAGGGCAUAAGAUGUUUAGAAACUUUUUUUCUCUAAACAUAAGAAUUAUUGUGUACCACAAUUUUGAACCACCGAUUUCCAUAUCUUCAGCAGCUAUCAACUCGCCAAUUCCCUUUGGGUCUCCUUUGUAUAUUCUUAUGUUUCCUUCUGUUUCCAGUUGUCCUCAAAAAGCGUUGAGGGGGGCAUGACUCUUAUAAAAUGGAUAAAAAUGAAACUGUACAGAUGUUUGCCCCCCUUGUGUCUGUGAGCAUGAUCUCUAUCAGGCUGGAAAAUCUGCUUUAUCAUUUUGUAUAUUUGACUAUUUUGUAUUCAGCAUUACUCGACUCCUUAUGUGCAUGGCAAUGUAUUAAAAUGUGGGAUUUCUAUUACCGUGUA